AUGGAGGAUUUUCUGUCUGCAAUUUGCCCCAAUUCUCCAUUCGUACGCAUCUUGCAUAAGAACAUUAUUGGACUUUUGAGGUUUGGGAUGGAGAGAAGUUUUGCAGUCAACAUAGUGACUGUUGUUAUGAUUGUUGUGCUUGGAUUUAAUCAGAAGAUUGAUCGUGGAGUUCGAAGAUCAGAUGACCAGGUACUAGCUGAUCUUGGAGAUCCACUUCUUUCGAAUGACAUGGAACUUGAGGAAGGUGGCUACCAUAACCUUGAACAUAGUGGAAACUUUUGGGAUUUGAUGACUUUCAAAUUCAUAACUCCAGUAAUGAAUCAUGGUGUGGUAAAGCAAUUAGACUCUGAUGACCUAUUACCACUACCUACUGAUAUGGGUCCUUCAUCCUGUCAUGAUGUGAUUUUAUCCUGCUGGCAAUCUCAACUGAGUAACAAUGGUUCAAACCCAUCUUUGUUUAGAGCACUCUGUAGUGCAUAUGGAUGGCCAUAUCUCCGCCUGGGUUUAUUGAAGGUGAUUAAUGAUUGCAUUGGUUUUGCGGGACCAUUGCUUCUCAAUAAGCUGAUCAAGUUUCUUCAACAAGCCGAGCGUUCAAAAUUCACAAAUGGAGAAAUUCAGACAUUUAUGUCAGUGGAUGCUGACCGAACUGUCAACUUGUGUAACAGUUUCCAUGAUAUGUGGAGCCUGCCUCUACAAAUUGGAGUGGCGCUCUAUCUUUUGUACGCUCAAGUCAAAUUUGCAUUUGUAUCUGGAUUAGCAAUAACCAUUUUAUUGAUACCAGUGAAUAAAUGGAUAUCUCAAUUGAUUGCAAGUGCUACUGAGCAAAUGAUGAAGGAGAAGGAUGAAAGGAUUCGUAGGACAGGAGAACUUUUGACUAAUAUUCGCACUUUGAAGAUGUAUGGAUGGGAAUUUCUUUUUUCUAGUUGGUUGAUGGAUACAAGAACCCUGGAAGUCAAACACUUAGCUACUCGGAAGUACUUGGAUGCAUGGUGUGUUUUCUUUUGGGCUACAACACCAACGCUCUUUUCUCUUUUCACAUUUGGACUCUUUGUACUUAUGGGACAUCAACUUGAUGCUGCAAUGGCCAUUAUAUCCUCCAAACGGUUGAGUAGGUUUCUCUCUUGUCCUGAACAUAAAUUUAAAGUGAGAGACACGAAUUCCUGUCCAUCAUUCCAAAGAGAACGGCCUGAUUCUGGACAAGGUUUGGGUGUCUUUAUCCAAGAUGCAUGUUGUACUUGGUCAAGCUGUGAGGAACAAGCAUUAAAUUUGAUAUUGAAUCAUGUGACUCUAAGUGUGCCUCAUGGUUCCUUGGUUGCAAUUAUUGGAGAGGUUGGUUCAGGUAAAUCAUCCCUGUUAUAUUCAAUUCUUGGAGAAAUGCAGCUUGUUCAUGGCUCUAUUUAUUCCAAUGAAUCCAUUUCUUAUGUACCACAGGCAUGUGCAUUAGAUGUUGAUGUCUCAUUGAUGAUUGGAGGUGACAUGGCUUAUAUUGGAGAAAAAGGAGUCAACUUAUCUGGUGGACAGAGAGCUCGUCUUGCUUUGGCAAGGGCGUUGUAUCAUGACUCAGAUGUUGUUUUGCUUGACGAUGUCCUGAGUGCCGUUGACGUACAAGUUGCUCAAUGUAUCUUACACAAUGCUAUUGCAAUAUCUUCUGCUGAUCAGAUUGUUGUAAUGGACAAGGGACACAUAAAGUGGAUGGGAAAUUCAGCUGACUUUCGUAUUAAUUCAUAUACAGAAUUCUCUCCGUUGAAUGAAAUUGAUUCAGCUUUAGAGAAUCAUGGACAAUCUUGCAGCCCAAAUCUUUCGUCCAAAUCCAAGGAGCAGUCUCUUCAUGGUACAGAUAUUGUGCAUGCUGUGGAGGAAGCAGAGGAGAUAGUUGAAGUUGAGUUGAGGAAAGAGGGAAAAGUUGAACUUAGAGUUUAUAAGGCAUUCUCUUUUGCAUUUGGUGGAUUACAAGCAGCAACUAAGGUACACAAUAAACUGCUCAGCAAGCUUAUCAAUGCACCGGUGCACUUCUUUGAUCAGACCCCUUGUGGGAGAAUACUGAACAGAUCAACAUCAAGAGAAUUACGAAGAUUGGACAGUGUUUCUCGUUCUCCAAUAUACUCAUCCUUCACUGAAACACUAGAUGGAUCAUCAACUAUUAGGGCGUUUAAAUCUGAGAAGACUUCCUACACAGAGACAGUGGCAAGUUUGUGGCUUUCCUUGCGUCUUCAGUUAUUAGCUGCACUUAUCAUCUCCUUCAUAGCUGUGAUGGCUGUUGUUGGAUCUCAUGGCAGUCUGCCAAUCAACUUUGGCACCCCAGGACUGGUAGGAUUGGCCCUCUCAUAUGCAGCUCCAAUUGUGUCCCUGUUGGGGAGUUUUUUAUCAAGCUUCACUGAAACAGAGAAGGAAAUGGUUUCAGUUGAAAGAGCUCUUCAAUACAUGGACAUUCCUCAAGAAGAACAAACUGAAUGCCUAUACUUAAAUCCAGAUUGGCCAAAUCAAGGAGUUAUCGAAUUUCAAUGUGUUACUUUGAAAUAUAGACCAUCUUUGCCAGCUGCACUCUGCAAUCUUAGUUUUACAAUUGCUGGAGGAACACAAGUUGGAAUAAUUGGAAGAACAGGUGCUGGAAAGUCCAGUGUGUUAAAUGCCCUUUUCUGCCUUACCCCAAUAUCUACAGGCUCUAUUUCAAUUGAUGGCGUGGAUAUUAAAAAUAUUCGUGUCAAAGAACUACGUACACAUUUGGCAAUUGUUCCUCAGAGUCCAUUCUUGUUUGAAGGAUCAUUAAGGGAUAACCUAGAUCCUUUCAAAAUGAAUGAUGACUUAAAAAUUUGGAAUGCAUUGGAAAAGUGCCAUGUGAAAGAGGAAGUAGAAGUAGCUGGAGGGCUGGAUGUUUUUGUAAAGGAAGGAGGGAUGUCAUUUUCGGUUGGCCAGCGGCAACUUAUUUGCCUCGCACGUGCACUUCUGAAAUCCUCCAAGGUUCUCUGUUUGGAUGAAUGCACAGCCAAUGUAGACGUUCAAACUGCUUCACUUCUGCAAAAUACCAUAUCCUGCGAAUGCAAAGGAAUGACAGUGCUCACAAUUGCUCACCGGAUUUCAACUGUUAUAAAUAUGGAUAGCGUUCUGAUUCUUGACCAUGGGAAACUGGCUGAACAGGGUAAUCCACAAGUUCUUCUGAAAGAUGACACCUCUUUAUUUUCUAGUUUUGUUAGAGCUGCAGCUAUGUAA